UAAUACUAUACCUAUUUUCCUGCAGUAAAUGUCAGUGAUUGUGAAACUGGGGAUGGCUAUGAGAAAGCUGAAACAGAGACGCAGGAAAAGAUAAGGGAAAACACAAAUGAUAAAGAAGAGGCCAAAAGCAAAGAUAGCACAAGUGAAGACAAAAGCAAAGAUAGCACAAAUGAAGAUGACAAAAGUAAAGAUAGCACAAGUGAAGAUGACAUAAGCAAAGAACACAACAGUAAGGAUGAGAAGGACAAUGAAGACAAGGAUGGAUCAUUAUCACAAGAAUAUGGGUUUACAGUAAAGAUUCGUCCCCCUACCGGGGAUCACUUUGAAAUCCAGGUGAGCAGCAUGGAACUGGUAUAUGAGAUACAUCAGCUGUUGAUGGAUCGUGAAGAUACCUGUCACCGCACUUGUUUCUCUCUGCACUUAAAUGGCCAAACCCUGGAUAAUUUUGCUGAACUCAAAAAUGUUGAAGGUCUUAAGGAAGGAUCCGUGAUUAAAGUUCAAGAAGAUCCUUACACAGUGCGGGAGGCUAGAAUUCAUGUUCGUCACGUACGAGACUUACUCAAGUCUUUAGAUCCAGUAGAUGCCUACAAUGGUGCUGACUGUGCUUCCUUAACAUUCCUUAAUGUUGUCACUCAAGGAGAUAUUUUGGAAAAAAAAAGAACUCCGGUUGAAUCAGUGGACUGUACACCUCCAGUGUACAUCCUGCCAGGCUGUAAGGAUCGUCCUCUUGUUCCUCUGCAACCUUUUGCCAAGGAACAGAAAACUCCACAGUGCCUAAAAGUAACGUAUUUUUAAAAUUAAUUUUGUCUU